ACCACGGCGACCACAAUGCCCUACAACGGCGCUAGCAAUGGGAGCGGCAGUGGCGGCAGCGGUGGCGGUGGCAGCACCAUUGUCGUCAGCGAGGGACCGCAGAAUAAGAAGAUUCGCACCGGUGUACAACAGCCCGGCGAGAACGAUGUGCACAUGCAUGCUAGGUCAACACAACAACAGAAUCAGCAGCAAGCACUUAUGAACAAGUCAAAUGACGACCUACGGAGAAAGCGCCCCGAGACUACACGGCCAAAUCAUAUUCUACUCUUCACCAUAAUAAAUCCUUUCUAUCCCAUCACAGUUGAUGUUUUGCACAAAAUAUGUAAUCCACAUGGCCAAGUGCUACGCAUUGUUAUAUUCAAAAAGAAUGGUGUUCAGGCCAUGGUUGAGUUCGACAGCCUGGAUGCGGCCACACGCGCACGCGAGAACCUAAACGGAGCUGAUAUCUAUGCCGGCUGCUGCACAUUGAAAAUUGAUUAUGCCAAGCCCGAAAAAUUGAAUGUUUAUAAGAAUGAGCCCGAUACCAGCUGGGACUAUACGCUGAGCACAGGUGAGCUUUUACCAAUUAAGGAGAUUGGAAAUGGUCGUUCGCCAUUACUGCAGGAGCCACUAUACGGUACACGCCCUCAGCCCUACAGUAAGUCGCUGUUUUCUAUACCCGAAAAUGUUGUUAUGCUUGAGAGCCAGCCACCGCUGCUGGGACCAGGAGCCGCUUUCCCACCAUUUGGUGCUCCAGAGUAUCAUACCACCACGCCCGAAAACUGGAAAGGCGCCACAAUUCACCCGACGGGCUUGAUGAAGGAGCCGACUGGCGUGGUACCUGGCCGCAAUGCUCCGGUUGCGUUCACCCCACAAGGGCAGGCGCAGGGCGCAGUGAUGAUGGUCUACGGCCUGGACCACGACACUUCCAACACAGACAAGCUUUUCAAUCUGGUUUGUCUGUACGGCAACGUUGCACGGAUUAAGUUCUUGAAGACCAAAGAAGGCACCGCCAUGGUACAAAUGGGCGAUUCAGUGGCCGUCGAGCGCUGUGUGCAGCACUUGAAUAACAUUCCCGUUGGAAGUGGUGGAAAAAUUCAGAUAGCAUUCUCGAAGCAAAACUUUCUAUCAGAGGUGAUUAAUCCGUUCUUGCUGCCUGAUCACACACCCAGCUUCAAGGAAUACACUGGUUCGAAGAACAAUCGUUUCCUAUCGCCGGCCCAGGCCAGCAAGAAUCGAAUACAACCACCGAGCAAGAUUUUACAUUUCUUUAACACACCACCCGGUCUGACCGAAGACCAGCUGAUCGGCAUCUUUAACAUCAAGGACGUUCCCGCCACCUCGGUGCGCCUCUUUCCUUUGAAGACCGAGCGAUCGUCAUCGGGUCUGAUUGAGUUCCCUAACAUCUCGCAGGCUGUUCUGGCAAUAAUGAAGUGCAACCACCUGCCGAUUGAGGGUAAAGGCACCAAAUUCCCGUUUAUCAUGAAGCUGUGUUUCUCUUCGUCCAAGAGCAUGAAUGGAGCCUGGAAUAAUGCUACUAAUGAGGGCAUGAUCGAAAAGGAGAACGACGGCGACGGAAAAGUGGUCGAAAUAUAUAAUUGAGAUUUGAUAAAAAUCGUGUAAGCAGCAUCAGUAGCAGCAGCAGCGACAGCGACAACCAUUUAACCACAUCAGCAACAACAAUAGAAAUGGAAACAAACACAAAAAGCAAAAGGAAGUAACACAAUCGGGACUGGCACGGAUGCUGCUGCCACAAAUAACAAAUGAAUAGGGGAUCACACACACAUACACUGCAAGGCGAAGAAAUAACACCAAUCCACACAAAAAGGAAGACGAUAUCAAACAAGGGGCGCAUUGGGUCAGCUGCGGUAUACGAGCUGAUGAUAAUAACUGUUAGUUGAUUGCAAGAUCCAAAAACAUAAUUAAUGAAGAAAGAAACUAAAUAACCAAACAAAAAAAAAAAAAACAAGAAAUCACACGCAAACGCAUGUAACUUUUUCACGCGCCAUUUACCUGAACCUAAAAAAAAUGUAAAGGUCAAGGAAAAUUAUUACACUUAUAAUAUGUACACGAACCCGCGACUCACAUCAACAAAAAUAUGCACAAGCAUAUAACAUAAUGAAAAUGGCGUCGUUAAAAAGCUUACACACGUUUUUAACUUUACAUGCGUUUGCGGACUUAUCAGAAAGAAUGAAAAAAAUCGUUUGAAACACUUGACGUUACAAUGGGAAACAUAAAAAUAAAGAACAACAAUUUUCUGUAAUCUAUGUAACGUUCGACAACAACAUAAAUAAUAACCAUUUUCUGAGAAUAAACCGAAAAUUGUAACAAAACA